CUGGCAUGACAUUUGAUCAAGAAAACUCAAUCGUUACGAUCAACUCUUGUUGAAUGCUUUUCUCUCCUCGCUUCUCCUAGGAUCGAGAGACUAUCCCUUCAUCCGAUAAGGCUUCCCCGUCACCGCCCCGCUGCCAUGCCUCAGCAGCACUCGGACCUGAUUGUCGACGGCGAUGCCCCGCCGCCUUAUGGGGAAGAAACGAGAAGUAACACCGAGUCCCACGACGAUGCGGCGUUAUUGAGGACCAUGGGUUACAAGCCCGUCCUCCAUCGGACUUACUCGUUGUUUGAGAACUUUGCGACCACGUUCGCUGCUCUCUACUUCGUCGGAGGUGUUCGUGUUACCUUCAGUACUGGUAUCGCUGCAGGUGGUAACCUGGCUUACUGGACGAGUUACAUCGUGACCGUGGUCUUCACCUUCAUCACAGCCGCUGUGAUUGCGGAAGUAUGCUCGGCCUCGCCAUCCGCUGGUUCGAUCUAUCUCUGGGCUGCCGAAGCCGGUGGUCCUCGGUUUGGUCGACUGCUUGGCUUCAUCGUCGCCUGGUGGAGUACGACGGCAUGGACGACAUUCUGUGCGAGUAACACUCAGUCCGCCGUCAACUACAUGCUUUCGGAAUUGACCGUAUUCAACGUCGACUUCCCUACUGAUACAUCGUCAGUGAAAUUCCGUGCUGUGCAAUGGAUCUGUACCGAGGUCUUGCUUGCCUUGGCUGCGCUUCUCAACUUCAUGCCGCCCAGAUAUUUCAAAUGGGUGUUUUAUCUCUCCUCUGUCGUCGUUCUCCUGGACUUCGUCCUGAAUGUCAUCUGGCUCCCUAUCGGCGUUCACAACACAUGGGGAUUCCGGACCGCCGAAGAGGCCUUCAUGUCCACCUACAAUGGCACAGGUGCACCUCCAGGCUGGAACUGGUGUCUGUCCUACCUGGCCACGGCCGGUAUUCUGAUCGGAUUCGACGCUUCUGGUCACGUCGCCGAAGAAACCAAGAACGCUUCCGUCACUGCAGCACGUGGGAUUUUCUGGAGUACCGUGGCCAGUGGAAUUGGUGGUCUGGCUACCAUCAUCUUGUUCCUGUUCUGUGCACCUGACCCUGACACGCUCUUCUCCUUCGGCUCCCCUCAACCAUUCGUUCCUCUCUAUGCCAUCGUUCUCGGAAAAGGCGGCCACAUCUUCAUGAAUAUCAUCUGUGUCUUUGCCCUCUGGCUCAACACGGCCGUUGCCAUCGUUGCUGCCUCCCGUCUCGUCUUCGCUGUCGCGCGGGACGGCGUCCUCCCCUUCUCCGGCUGGGUCUCGCGCGUCCACCACGGCCAGCCGCGCAAUGCCGUGACUGUCGUCUGGGGUGUGGCUGCCCUCAUUACCUGCACGCUGCUCCCCUCCGACGUGGCUUUCACCUCGCUCGUCUCGGCCGCGGGUGUCCCCAGCGCCGCCGCCUACGGGCUGAUUUGUCUUGGUCGACUUCUUUGCACGCCGACGCGCUUCCCCAAGCCGAAAUGGAGUCUGGGGAGAUUGAGCAAGCCAUUCCAGCUCAUCGGCGUGUUCUGGAACGGAUGGGUCGUGGCGGUGCUGUUCUCGCCGUAUGAGUUUCCAGUCACGGGGGCGAAUCUCAACUAUGCCCCGAUUAUAAUGGCCGCGGUCACCAUCUUCGCCAUCAUCUCCUACUUCGUCAUGCCCGAGGAAGCCUGGCUGCCUCGCAACCGCAUUUCGCAUUUCAUCGAUAGCAAGGGCGUCACCGAGACGGUCGAGGAGGUCGAUGUGGGUCGGAGACCGCUGACCUCGCCGUCCCCGCCGUCAGGGGACGCGCAGGACGGAAAUGCUAGUGGUGGAAAUGGAAAUGUCGAUUCGAGUGGGUCUGCUGCUGUCGAGGGCGAGUCCGGGGAGAGACGGAGAAAGGCAGCUGGUGUGAGUAGUGGUGAUGAGUAAUUAUCAGCUACUGGUUUUCGGACUUUUUCAUGCUCUUAUAGUCCGAGACCACGAACAGAUAGAACAUGGGGUAUAUAAUCUAUAUAUGCUUGCGACAGGAUAUGCAUAGGCGUGUGAGUGCGAUGGGGAUGAUUACUGAUGAUAUGAUGAAAAGAGGAGGUAAUGAGUCCAGUUCAGUUUCUGCAUGUAUGAUAAUGAUAUUUAGAUGAGUAUGGCAGAUAGAGAUG